CUCUGUUGAGUUUGAACCCGUUCACGAUGGCUGCCGAUAGCAUUCGUCUGCUGGAUUUGGUGGGAGAUUUUGUAACGGGGCAAGUGGACAGUAAGGCCACGGAUGUUGCAAAUGGUGUCAAGUCUGGACAAUUCUCAAUUCUUCAGUUGGUUGAAGCACUAGGAUUAAGCCUAACAAGUUCAGAGUCUCAGACACGUGGCAGAGGCGUGCAGCUUCUCUCUCAAGUGCUAGAAGAAUGCUACACCAGUCUGUCUGAGAGGGAGGUGGAGGUCCUGGUAGCUUUUUACGAGAACAGACUGAAAGAUCACUACGCCAUCACACCACAUGUUCUCCAUGGACUCAAGGCACUGGCUAAGUGCACAGUACUCCCUAAAGGGUCAGCAGUAUCUAUUCUGAAAUCCCUCUUCCAGGAUGUCCAUGUACAGUCCCUGAUGCUGGCAGAGCGUUCAUGUGUCUACAAUAUACUUAUCAGCCUCAUGGAAUCUAGAGAGGAGGAGCUGAAGGGAUUGGGUCCAGACUUCGUGUUUGGAUUUGUGCAGGCAGUAGAUGGAGAGAGAGAUCCACGCAACCUGCUGCUGGCAUUCCAGAUAGCCAGGAAUAUCAUCCACAGAGGAUACAACCUCAGUCAGUUCACAGAAGAGCUAUUUGAAGUCACAUCCUGUUACUUCCCCAUAGACUUCACCCCUCCUCCCAAUGACCCUCAUGGCAUCACGCAGGAGGAGCUCAUCCAGGCUCUCCGGGCUGUUCUGACGGGGACAGCACAAUUCGCAGAGUUCCUUCUGCCCUUGAUCAUCGAGAAGCUUGACUCGGAUAUGCAAAAUGCCAAAGUGGACUCCCUGCAGACACUGGCUGCGUGUGCAUCUGUAUAUGGGCACAAAGAGCUGAGUGACUUCCUCCCGAGCCUUUGGUCCUCCAUACGCAGAGAGGUGUUCCAAACUGCGAGCGAAAGCGUGGAGUCAGCAGGACUCUCAGCCCUCCGUGCCCUCACUUCCUGCCUGUGUCGUUCUGUCCUCACCUCGAACUCUGAAGAUUCUCUGCACGUCUUCUUGGACCUAGUUCUCAAAGACUGUCAACACCAUCUCUGCGAGCCAGAUCUGAAGCUAGUGUGGCCCAGUGCCAAACUGCUGCAGGCUGCAUCUGGCGCCUCCUACAGGGCGAGCCUCAUCGUGACGGCAGUAGUGCUGCCCACCCUGCUUGAGCAGUACAGCUCCAGGACUCAGUGUGCUCAACGGCGCACUCUGCUGGAGGUGGUGCAGGGUUUCAUCCAGCCCACGGCAAGUAGCUGGCCUGCAGAGGGAGAGGAGACUGUGUUGCAGCCGUUCCGGAAGUCUCUUUGCAGUGUGGUGUUUUCGGCUCUGGCUGAGUCCAACGCAAGUCUUCAAAUCACAGCUGCCAAAGUUCUCACCAAACUGGGGCAGCAGCCUGGUGUGCUGGCACAGCCUGAUGUAGAGAUGGCAGUGGACCACCUGAGCAGGCUUGUUCUGGAGGAACACGACGCUAAGGUCAGUUUGGCGGUAGCAGAAUGCGCCGGCUCGCUGUCCCGCCUCCACCCGGCACCCUUUGCCUCCAGAAUGAUCCCUAAAUUGAAGCAGGAGAUCUUCUCAGAGCCCACAGUGCGGGAAGAUGACUUUGACCUCCUACCCGGCCAGAGCAGGGAUGCGGGCAGGCAGCGGUGCAUCAUGGCUCUGGCCUCUGUGUCCACUCAGCCCAGCCUGGUGCGGGAGAGUGCCCCCGUGCUGCUACAGAUGCUAGCUGCCGCACACACAGGAAGCAGAAUUUUCUCUGUGGAGGAGGUGGUCUCCGUGUGCUGUAGUCUGCAGAGGAUAGCUGAUCAGACCCCGAACACAGAAGAGAUGGGCCACUUUUUCCAUGAUGUUGUGAUUCCACGACUACUCACGCUGUCCCUGCAUGCAGCUCUGCAGGGGGAGAAUGAAUCGGGUCACAGCAGUCCUCUCAUAGAGGAGGCAGUGCUGUCUGCUAUAGUCCCUGUCAUAAACACCGCCUGUGCUGCCCUACAGACAGAACUUGCUACUACAAUGGCAGCCCAGGCGGUGUACCUCUUCUUAGACGGAGAUGUAUCCUUCCUGCCAGAAAAUGACUGCCCGUCCAAAAUUCAGCUACUCAGGAGCCAGUCCUGGACCCAGUCCCAGCUAGUGUGUUUGCUAAUGGCCUGUGUGUGUUCCCUCCCACACAGUGUGGACAUUCCUGAGUUUGACAGGCUUCUGGGCCAAUUGGAAGAGCUGAGCUGCACAAGCACGCACCCAUUCUCUUAUACAUCUGCAGCUAAGUGCUUUGCUGGACUGAUCAACAAGAGAGCAGCAGGCCAAACCUUGGAUGGAGUACUGGAGAAGACCUUGAGAAGGAUUAGUGUAACGUUAGACAAUCAGUCUUCUGCCCAGCGGAUUCAAGCCUUUAAUUUACUUGUCUGGAUGACCAAGGCUCUGCUCCUGCGUUACCAUCCUCUAUCAGCAGUCCUGACUGACAAGGUGUUCUCCCUGAUGAGUGACUGCUUGUUGGCGUCCCAGGCGGCUGACUGCUUUGAGCUCCUCAUGAGCGACUCCCCGGACGUGCUGAACCGCAGUUGCCAUGCUGAUGUGCGCAUCAUGUACCGGCAGCGUUUCUUUGCAGAGAACUCUGGGAAAAUCGUACAAGGCUUCAACUGUGCAGAGCAGGGGAAGAAGUCUGUUUAUCUGAAGGCCCUGUCUCACAUUGUAAAUAAUCUGCCCAGGCAAGUCCAACUCACAGAGCUUCCUUCGUUGCUGCCUGUCCUGCUAGAGGCACUGUCGUGUCCUGACCAGGUGGUGCAGCUCUCCACCUUGUGCUGCCUGCAGCCUGCACUGCUGGACCCUCCCCCUGCACUCAGCACCCAGCUGGAAGCCCUCUUCUCCCGCCUGCUGCCUCUGACAGCCAGCCCCUCCAUGAAAGUGAGGAUCGCUUCUCUUCGCUGUGUCCAUGCUCUGUCCCAGCUACCAGAACACAUGGUGCUGCCAUUCCGGGCCCAGGUGCUGAGGGCCCUGGCCUCUCCCCUGGAUGACAAGAAGAGACUGGUGAGGAAGGAGGCUGUGUUGGCCCGUGGAGAAUGGUUUUUAAUAGGUAGUCCAGGAGGAAGGUGAAAGACGCAACACUGUUCAUCGGGGGAGAAGUACAUGCUACCUACUGAGUGACCCACAACAGCCUCUGGACAUCAUCUCAUCGACUGAAGACUUUCUAGUUAAAUUUACUAAUUUCUAUACAACAUGUGUUCUAAAUCCAUACAACAGGAGAAGAGUUACCCUGCCUCACACAGAGCUGUUUGCAAAUGUACUGAAAUCAUACAUGGGUAGAGGCCUGUGCUAUUGUGUUUUACCUUUUACAGAAGUCUGGAACCUUGUCCAGCAGGUGGUGCUGUGUCUGAGCCAAUAUCAUGUACAUCUUCAGGGUUUGUUGGUGUUUUGGGGCAGUCGUUUUUUCCCCCCAUACUAGCAAAUUUCCACCCAAGGGAGACAAAACACCAAUGCAAAUUAACAGUUUCAUCACAGAGUAGACUUCCCAAUUAUGGUCUUCACCCUUGCUGUUAUGUACUGAUUAAACUGAUGGACUGUGAGUAACAGUUUAAUGACAUGAUUCUUUGAACAGUAAUUGACUUUAUUUUUUAAUAGAUUCUAUGUAUGUAUGAGGAGUGCAGGGGGAGAUUUGUAUGAAAUAUUGGCAUAUUAAGACUGUCCAAUCCUUUUUUUUUUAAACCUUUGAGACAUUCUUGUAGCGACAGGGUUGGUGGUGGUUAAUUUCACUGGACUAACACUGAAGCCUCACCACACAACCCAUGCCAAUGAUGGCAAUGAACAAAAUUUAACUUGUCAAUAAAUAUUUCUUUGUAAAUGUGUAAAAUGAAAUUAUAUGUCAUAUUGGUGUAACUAAAAUCAAUCAGGCAUUUGUACAGCCAUUUUUGAUUAAUUCAAAUUUAAAGUACAUUUUCAUUGAUUUUUUAAAACAAAACAGAAUCAAAACCAAAGCAAAGAUUUUUCAUUCAAUACAAGUAUAAACAAGUCUUUUACAUCAUGUAAA